AGUCGCAGUUUACUUGCAGCACAUACGGUAUAUACGCAAAGUUAACGUCCCAUAUACACAAUGCAAUGUGUUUGAAACUUUGUUUUUUCCUAGCAUGUAAAAUGCAAACUAUAGCUAUUACACACCAGGAUAUAUGAUAUUUCGAGUGGCAGCUGCGUAGUUUCACUUUCAUUUAAACAUCCGGAAAUCACGCACAGGUUCGUUCGUUCGAAACUUUAAUAUAUUUUUCCCCCCAGCACAACUCAGUUGCAAAGUUAAACGUAUUGUAUCAUUUUUGUGUUUUUUUUUCCCCCUUUGUGACGUGCAAAGACUAAAAAACAGUGUCUAUGUGUGCCAUUGAUAGCCCAUUUAAACGUCAUUUGAACGAUCAGUUCUAGCAUCAAGAUGCACUUCACCAAGUCUUGGUAUUUAAGCUGCCUCAGAUUUGCUAUUUUAUUCUGUGUUAUUGUUGUUGGCAACCAUGGGGCAUCUGUCAACAUGGACACAAAUGUGCUGCCUUUCCCCUGGGACAAGAUGAGGUUGGCUGAAACUGUGAAACCUCAACAUUAUGACCUCCUCAUACACCCUAACCUGACCUCUUUGACCUACACUGGAGUAGUUCAGAUCCUCCUGGAGGUAGAAGAGGACACCAGAGCUAUCAUCCUCCACAGUAAGAACCUCCAGAUCUCCAGAGCUUUGCUCUUUGGUCCCGUACAUCCUCAAGAACUUGAAGUCACUGGGUUUGAACCCUAUGAACAGAUAGCUCUCUUCUUCAGUGGCUUCACAUUUGAGAAAGGAAGCCAUGUAGUGCAAUUGGAGUUCUCGGCCAACUUGUCUGACAGUUUUCAUGGGUUUUAUAAAAGCACAUACACCACACGCAGUGGAGAGGUCAGGACAUUGGCAUCCACUCAGUUUGAAGCAACACAUGCUCGGGCUGCCUUCCCUUGCUUUGAUGAACCAGCGUUCAAAGCCAACUUCACCAUACACAUAAAAAGAGAGUCAAGGCACAUUUCCAUAUCCAACAUGCCCAAGUUGAGAACUGUUGAACUUGGUAACGGUCUACUGGAGGAUCAUUUUGACACAACUGUGAAGAUGAGCACCUACCUAGUGGCCUUCAUCAUCUGCGACUUCCACUCCAUUAGUAAGAAAAGCCAACAUGGAGUCGAGAUAUCAGUGUACACGGUUCCUGAGAAGAUCAAUCAGGCGGAAUAUGCCCUGAACACGGCCGUCACACUCCUGGACUUCUACGAUGAAUAUUUUGACAUCCCGUAUCCACUUCCUAAACACGAUCUUGCAGCGAUCCCAGAUUUCCAGUCAGGUGCCAUGGAGAACUGGGGGCUGUCGACAUACAGAGAGUCUGGUUUGCUCUUUGACCCUGAGAAAUCCUCUUCCUCUGACAAACAAGGCAUCACCAAAGUCAUUGCCCAUGAACUCGCCCACCAGUGGUUUGGAAACCUGGUAACCAUGCACUGGUGGAAUGACCUGUGGUUAAAUGAGGGAUUUGCCAAGUUCAUGGAAUUUGUGUCUGUCAACAUCACCCACCCUGAACUGCAAGUGGAUGAUUAUUUCCUGGAAAAGUGCUUCACAGCCAUGUCAGUGGAUUCUUUAAGCUCCUCGCACCCCAUUUCCACACCGGUGGAGAAUCCUGCAGAAAUCAGUGAGAUGUUUGAUGAUGUUUCCUACCAGAAGGGAGCUUGUAUUUUAAACAUGCUGAGGGAUUUCCUGACCCCUGAGGCUUUCAAGUAUGGUAUUAUACUCUACCUGAAGAGACACAGCUACCAGAACACUGUGAACACUCACCUUUGGGAAAGUCUGACAAAUAUCUGUACCUCUGAUGGAACGGAUUCUGGACGGCUAAAAAUGGAUGGCUUCUGUUCCAAAAACAGUGCUGAAACUCCGGCCUCUAAAUGGUUCAUGGAGGACAGUGUCGACGUGAGAGCAAUCAUGGACACCUGGACAUUACAAGAGGGGUUUCCUUUGAUCACUGUUGAGGUCAAAGGUCGAGAAGUCAGCCUGAAGCAGGAGCGCUUCCUUAAAGGAGAAAAGUCUUUAAAUAGUUCAAAAUUCCUUUGGCAAGUCCCUUUGACUUACAUCACCAGUCACAGUCGUGCAGUCCAGCGUUUCCUGUUGAAAAGUAAAGAAGAUGUGUUAUACCUGUCAGAGGAGGUGGAAUGGAUCAAAUUCAACGUGGGUCUGCGGGGGUAUUAUAUCGUACAUUAUGAGUCGGGGGGCUGGGACGCUUUGAUCAACCAACUCCAGCUGGAUCACACUGUGUUCAGCAGUAACGACAGAGCCAGCCUCAUCCACGACAUCUUCCAGCUGGUCAGCGUUGAGAAAGUCGGUCUGGAUAAAGCUCUGGAUCUGAGUGUGUAUCUCAGUGAAGAGACUGAGAUCGUGCCAGUAACACAGGGCUUCAGCGAACUGGUGCCACUCUACAAACUGAUGGAGAAGAGAGACAUGGUGCAACUGGAGAAUCAGCUGAAGGGUUAUUUAGUGAAGUUAUUCAAGAGAUUGAUUGACAGUCAGAAUUGGACAGAUGAAGGGUCUGUAUCGGAGCGGGUGCUCAGGAACUAUCUGCUGUUGUUCGCAUGUGUGCGCCGUUACCCGCCCUGCGUCAGAACCGCGACAGAACUCUUUCAGAAGUGGAGAGAGUCAGACGGCAAAAUGUGGCUGCCUACUGACAUUAGUUUGGUGGUGUACACUGAAGGAGCACGCUCGGAUGAGGGCUGGGACUUCCUGUUGGAGAAAUACAAGCAGUCUGUCUCGCCGUCUGAGAAGAGGCUGAUAAAAGCGUCUCUCUCGUACAGUCCACUAACUCACAAACUUCACUGGCUUUUGGAAAGAAGUAUUAAAGGACAGAUUCUGAAAACUCAAGAUCUCCCGUCACUCCUCAUCAGUGUCAGUAAAAACCCCAAAGGAUACAAACUCGCAUGGGAGUUCCUGAAGACCAACUGGGGGAAACUUGUGAAAAAGUUUGAUCUCGGUUCAUCCGCAAUAUCUCGCAUGGCAGUUGGAAUUACGGAUCAGUAUUCUACCAGGGAAAUGCUUCAAGAGGUGCAGUCGUUCUUUAGUUCACUAGCUCAGGAUCAGGGAUCUAGACUUCGCAGUAUUCAGCAGGCCCUGGAGAAAAUCCAGGAAAACGUUCGCUGGAUGGAUAAAAACGUUCCGCUAUUAAAAGCCUGGCUGGACACACACAGUCCAUGAGUAUCUUCACAAAUCCAGAUGGUUUUGAAAGUGUGCAUCUUUUGUUUGACCCCCAGACUGCACUUGGUUUCACCUUGGGUGUGCGUCUUCUUUACACAAGCCUUGACACUGGAAGCAUAUUUGGCUGAAGGAAAUGUCCUGCUAAUCUUAAACAUUCAGGAAAGAAGAUACAACAACAGUGUUCAUAGGAAACAGACUUCAGAUAGCAAAACGGAUGACCCAUAUUGUUACAUUGUGAUGUUUAGAAGCUAGCAGAGCCAAGAGUAUUGUAUUAAUGUCACGGGUUUCAAUAAAAGUUGUGGAUUUCAAAUAAAUAUUUUUACAAAGAGAAAA